AUGGCCAUGGAGCUCUCCAGCCUGCCGCUAGUCCUGCUGCUCUGCUUGCUGGCCGGCUCGUCGACGACGGCCCUACCGGCGCUGCCCGGGAUGGACAGGGUGAGGCAGCAAGUCGACAGGGCGAACCGGCGUGGCCCGUCCAUUGGACUCGUCAUGUCGUACGUCGCCGAGGACACCGCGCUCCAGGCCUCCGGCUACUUCCGGCCCUGGCGUGUCCAGCCCUUCGUUGACCUCUACGGACGGAGGUUUCACAUCGGGAGUAUUCGAGGUGUGAAUGUUAUAUACGCAUUGACAGGACAACGCAGGGUACUAAAACCUGAACUUCUGCAUUUGAAUGCAGCUGUAACUGUACAAACUCUCCUCGAUGUCUUUACUGUGUCUGGUAUUGUCCAUUAUGGCACAGCAGGAAGCUCUAAUGAUUCAAUGUCAUUUGGCGAUGUCAGUGUCCCAAAGUUAGUUGCUUAUACAGGUGCUUGGACAUGGAAGAAGUUCAAGUCAUUAAAAGAAUCAUCAACAGAACUAAACUUUGGACAAUUUAACAUCCCGGAUGGAGGAGAGAACCUGCUAGGGUCUCUGAAAUACAGAAAUGAGGAGCUAUAUUCAGUUGGUAAGCCUAUGGAAGAAGUCUUUUGGUUACCUGUCGACUCAGCAUGGUUCAAAAUAGCAGAAGGACUUAAGGUCAACCUUGAAAGAUGUAAUGACACUUUUUGCUUACCAAAAACGCCACAAGUGGUUCAUGGGCUAAAAGGAGCAUCAGCCGACAUGUUUCUAGACAAUGCAGAAUACCGGAAGUUCCUUUUCAGAGAAUUUGCGGUGUCAACAAUAGAUGAAGAAAGCGCAGCAGUGGUGAUGACAACAACAUCUCCUGGCGUACCUGUGAUUGUGUUCCGGGGAGUAUCUGAUCUGGCUGGAGGGGAACCAACAUGGUCAUCAACAAGCCUGAUGAACCUGGCAUCUAUUAAUGCACUCAAAGUGGCAGUGGAGUUCAUCGCUACAAUUGGCAGGCAGAUGUCAACACCAUCAGCACAAAGUUCAAAAAACUGA